AUAUCAGCUGUUAGCAGAACUUACAUUGGUUACACAACGAUGUCAGUGUUGUACAUCUUUGUUUUCCUUUCUCUCCUGUAUCAUCAUGUUUCACUUGUGUCUGUAACAUCGAUAAGAGUCUCAACACAACAAGGUGAUGUACUUGGGAAUGAAGUAGCGGUUCAAUUACAYAAUGGACAAACGAAGACCGUGUACAAGUUCUUGGGUAUUCCAUAUGCGCAGAGUCCAAUUCGUUUCAAACCUCCACAACCUCUUAGCAGUCAAUCAAGACCAAAUGACUACGACGCCACAUACUACAGACCCAUAUGUGUUCAACCAAAUAGGAACAAAUACAUGCCAUCUAUAAAACGAGCCUGGCCUGGGUUUGACCUUCGUAACAAUAUGAGAGAAGAUUGUCUUUUUCUGAACAUCUAUACCCCAAGUACGAAUUGCACAAGAAAUUAUCCAGUGGUGGUCUAUAUUCACGGAGGAAGCUAUGUGGCAGGCACCCCUAUUCGUGAUGUAUCCCCAGGCGAGUAUCUUCCAACACAAGGUGUUGUUCUUGUUACCAUUCAAUAUAGACUCGGAGCGUUUGGGUUCUUUAGCACGGGGGACUCAGAAGCACCGGGGAAUUUGGGUUUCCUUGACCAGAUAGAAGCCCUUAAAUGGAUUCGAGACAAUAUUGGUGGUUUUUGUGGGAAUAAAAGUAGCGUCACUCUCCUCGGCGAAGGCGUCGGAGGAUCGAGUGUCUCAUUACAUUAUUUAUCACCUCUGUCCAAGAAUCUGUUCCAUCGUGGAAUAGCUAUCAGUGGUGUUGGCUUGGCUCCUUUUGCCCUCAAACCAAAAGCCACUGUGGUAAAUGCCAGUAAAACUCUAAUUAAGGCUGCUAGCUGCCUUAAAUAUAACUCAACAUUAAUAUUACAAUGCUUACGAGGCUUAAGCAUUGGAAAUUUGGUUAAUGCCAAUACAGAUAAAUUCAAUGUGCAGCCAUUCGUUGACAAUUACUUCCUACCAGAUGAACCAAGAAAGUUAUUAGAAAAAGGGAAUUUCUUUAAGCUACCACUGAUGUCGGGCUUUGUCAGGGACGAAGGAAAAAACGGUUAUCAUCAAUCAAGCAUGAGUAAUAUUAUCGAAUACGAAAGGUAUUUGGAUAAGUAUUUUUUCCAGAAAGACUUAAAUUUUACCAAGCAACAGGCACCCAUUGCUUUUGAUGCUCUUUCGUUCCAGUACACGCCUUGGGGUGACUUAACAACGUCUAGAGCAUUUCGAAAUAAGAUCUUGGAUAUGAGGGGUGAAUACUUGGUUGUCGCGCCUACCCAUGAUGUAUUAACCUUCCAUAGCAAUCAUGUUGCUGCUACAUACAUGUUUGAAUUCGCACAUCGCUCUAACCGCGCAAAUACCCAGGAAGAUACACUGCCCUACAUUUUUGGUUUACCGUUGUUGAAAUCACCAAGAACGGACCAGCUGAGUUUUGAUGCUUCUGGCAGGGUUGUCAGUAAUCUAAUGGUACUCUCAUUUAUCAAUUUCGCCACAUCUGGUAUCCCUGGUAAUAUCCAUGGCUCGAGAAAACAGUGGACUCCUUUCACCGCAUCCAACGAAGCUUACCUUAAAAUCUCCAAAACGAGAACGACUGUCAUGGCCAGGAGGUAUAGUUCACUAAGAGUGGCGUUCUGGAACAGCUACUUUCCGAAACUAUUUGAAUGUAGGAAACAGAAAUCCUGGCAUGGCCGAUGCAAGAAAAGCGAGACUGCUAGACCAUCACAAUCACCUGACGAUGAAUCGAACCCCGCUACUCUUGCAAAUGGAGCUCAAUAUCCGGAAUUAGGACUGUGGUGAGAAAGUGUGAGCUUCCACCCUCUCACUUUGGAAACCAACCGCCCAUCGGAAAAUAGUACAAUUAUACUAACUCUAUAACCAAAUAAUCUAAACAAAAUAAUAUCAAAUAAAGCUAAACAUAAAACAUUGAAAGACAGCAGCAUUGUCGGUAAUUUUGGACAUUCCAAAGCCCGUUUGAUAUAAACUGCUUGUGAAAAAGACCUGAAUGAAAAUCUCUAUGUCAAAAAUUAUCAUAUUAAAUAUAUAAUGAUAAUAA